AUGGAGAACUUGCUGAUGGUCAAGAGCGAGAUCGAGAGCUACGCGGGGCCGGCUCCCGCCGCGGCGGCGAUCAGCGCGCCGGAAGCGGGCCAGGUGGUGGUGAGGAGGAGGAGGAGGGAGCCGGCUCUUCUCGCGCCGAUCAGCGGCGGCGCCAACGGCAGCGGCAUUGGCAAGCCGCUGCCGAGCAUCACCGUCAAGAGGAGCUCCAGGUUCCGUGGAGUCAGCAGGCACCGAUGGACAGGUCGUUUUGAAGCUCAUCUGUGGGACAAGAACUCGUGGAAUCCAACGCAGAGGAAAAAGGGAAAGCAAGUCUACUUGGGAGCAUACGAUGAGGAGGAGGCAGCUGCAAGGGCCUACGACCUUGCUGCUCUCAAGUACUGGGGACCCACCACCUACACAAAUUUCCCGGUCAUGGACUACGAGAAGGAGCUCAAGAUAAUGGAGAACCUUACAAAGGAAGAGUACCUUGCAUCGCUGAGAAGGAAGAGCAGUGGCUUCUCAAGAGGAGUGUCCAAGUACCGAGGGGUUGCCAGGCAUCACCAAAACGGAAGAUGGGAGGCAAGAAUCGGCCGCGUCUUCGGGAACAAGUAUCUCUACCUAGGAACUUACAGCACCCAAGAAGAGGCCGCGCGCGCGUACGACAUCGCCGCCAUUGAGUACAAGGGCGUGAACGCGGUCACCAACUUCGACCUGAGAUCCUACAUCACAUGGCUGAAGCCGGGCCCGAGCGCCCCCGUCGCCUUCAACCCUGAGGCCCACCUGAUGCAGCCGACCCCGCCCGAGCAGCUCCACCCGGCGGAGACCCAGAUGCUCCCGCGCGGCAACCCGUUUCUGCUGGAUCACAAUGCGCCGCCGCCGCCGCCGGGGAGUAGCGGCGGCGGCCAAGAGGCCUCCCUGAUGUCUCCCGGCGGCGUGAGGAAGAGAGGCUCGCCCACCGCGCUCAGCCUCCUGCUCAAGUCGACCAUGUUCCGGCAGCUGGUCGAGAAGAACUCUGACGCCGAGGCCGGCGGACUGGGGAUCAGGGAGGCCGCUGCGCAUCCGGAAGCCUACGAGUACCACAACUUCCAGGGAGAGGCUCCGGACAUGUGUGAUCUGUUCUCGUCAGGCAGUGGCCAACACGCUCGAGAAGGUGGGUUUCAGGGAGAAAUUGCGUGCUACGACGAUGGCGAGAGGUUGGAUAAUUGGAGCGGUUUUGGAAACGUGUCAUCUCUGCAAUAG